AUGAAGUUCACCCUGGGCAUUAGGUCGCGGGCGUGGAGAGAGUCCUGGGAACCGGCAGCGGCGGCGGCAGCGGGCACGGAGGCCGGCCGUAGCGCGCUAGGCGGCGGCGCACAGCGCGUUUCCAGCCCGCCGCAGGGCCGCCGCGGCUCUCCGCUCGCCGGCGUCCUCCCUCUAUGCCUCUCCCGCCGCUGCGGCGCCCGAGCUCUCCCGGACUGCGCCGGGCCCAGCCCCGGCCGCCCCGGCGCCAGGCAGCUGGCUGGCCCGCGCGCUAUGGAGCAGACAUAUGGCGAGGUGAACCAACUGGGCGGCGUAUUCGUCAACGGCCGCCCCUUGCCCAACGCCAUCCGCCUGCGCAUCGUGGAACUGGCGCAGCUGGGCAUCCGACCCUGUGACAUCAGCCGGCAGCUGCGCGUAUCCCACGGGUGCGUGAGCAAGAUCCUGGCGCGCUACAACGAGACAGGCUCUAUCCUGCCCGGAGCCAUCGGAGGCAGCAAACCUCGUGUCACCACCCCGAACGUGGUCAAGCACAUCCGGGACUACAAGCAGGGCGACCCUGGCAUCUUCGCCUGGGAGAUCCGCGACCGGCUGCUGGCCGACGGCGUCUGCGACAAGUACAACGUGCCCUCCGUGAGCUCCAUCAGCCGCAUCCUGCGCAAUAAAAUUGGCAGCCUGACGCAGCCCGGGCCAUACGAGGCGAGCAAGCAGCCGCCACCACAGCCGGCGCUGCCCUACAACCACAUCUACCAGUACCCCUACCCCAGCCCCGUGUCGCCCACGGGGGCCAAGAUGGGCGGCCACCACGGGGUCCCGGGUACAGCAGGCCACGUCAGUAUCCCCCGUUCAUGGCCCUCAGCGCACUCGGUUAGCAACAUUCUGGGCAUCCGGACGUUUAUGGAGCAAACAGGGGCCUUGGCCGGGAGCGAAGGCGUCGCCUACUCCCCCAAGAUGGAAGACUGGGCCAGUGUGAACCGCACCGCUUUCCCCGCCACUCCAGCGGUGAAUGGGCUUGAGAAACCCGCCUUGGAGGCGGACAUUAAAUAUACUCAGUCGACCUCUGGCCUCUCCGCAGUGGGCGGCUUCCUCCCGGCCUGCGCCUACCCGGCCUCUAACCAGCAGGGCGUGUACAGCGCGCCGGCCAGCGGCUACCUCGCCCCGGGCCCGCCGUGGCCACCGGCGCAGGCUCCCCCGCUGGCGCCCCCCGGGGCCGGCAUCACCGUGCACAGUGGGGAGCUCGCCUCAGCGAUGACCUUCAAGCAUCCCAGCAGAGAAGUGGCCGACCGGAAGCCGCACAGCCCCAGCGACAAGGCCCCCGAUGGCCUCAGUAGCUUACACGGACUGCCCAUCCCGGCCUCGACUUCCUAG